AUGGCCGGCUGGCUGGCUGGCGGGCGAGCGCGGCUCGGCAGUCGUCGCUGGCGGACACCGCAGGCCGGAGACGCGCCGUACUGCACACGCGAGCGCGAGCUGAGGAUGCUGACGUGGUGGUCGCAGUGGGCGCUGCGGCUGCUGAUGCUGGCGGCGCGGCCCGUGGUGCUGGCCCUGGUGCGCGCCCGCCUGCUGUUCGCGCCGCGGCGCGCCGUGCCGCCCGUCUCCGACCCCGUGCUGCUCGCGCCGGCGCACCAGCUCGCCGCCGCCAUCCGCAGCGGACAGCUAUCUAGCGAGCGCGUGGUGCGGGCGUACAGCGAGCGUGUGCGGCUGGUGCAGCCGGUGGUGAACGCCGUGGUGGAGGACCGUCUGGCCGCCGCCCUAGAGGAGGCGCGCCGCGUCGACCACCUACUGGCCGUGGGGGCGGCGCCGCCCCCGGAACAACAGCCUCUGCUCGGCGUGCCGCUCACCGUCAAGGGCAGCUUCGCCGUCGAGGGGCUGAGCCACGCUUGCGGACGACUGACGCACGCGGCGGUGAAGGCGGACAGCGACGCGGAGGCGGUGAGCCGCCUCAGGGAGGCCGGCGCCAUCCCGCUGCUGGUGAGCACCACGCCCGAGCUGGGCCUCUGCUACGAGACCUAUGAGAAGAUCCACGGCGUUACCCGCAACCCCUACGAUACCAGACGCACCCCCGGCGGCUCAUCUGGCGGCGAGGCGGCGCUGCUGGGGUCCGCGGCGUCGGUGGUGGGUCUGGCGUCCGACGUGGGCGGCUCCGCGCGCCUGCCGGCCCUCUUCUGCGGCGUCUUCGGCCACAAGCCGUCGCCAGGCGUGGUGCCGCACGAGGGCCACGUCCCGUCGGGCUCGGACAAGCGCUGGCCGCGCUUCUUCUCGGCGUCGCCCAUGUGCCGCUACGCGGGGGACCUGCCCCUCGUGCUGCACGUCCUCGCCGGGCCCCUCGCCCCCGACCUGCGCCUCCUGCAGCCGGUGUCGGUGCAGUCGGUGCGCGUGCUGUACAUGGAGGACGACGGCGGCGGCGUGCUGACGGACUCGGUGAGCCGCGCGCAGAAGGACGCUCUGCGCAGGGCAGUCGCCUGGCUGGACUCCGUGAGGGACCGCCCGGCCCAGCAGGUUCACAUCAAGGGCCUGCGGCACUCGGUGCGGUUGUCGGCGCCCCUCAUGAUGAGCAUGCAGCUGCACCAGCAUCCGCUCAUGAAGGCGGAUGACCCCAACGACUGCGAGAACCUGGCGCUGGCGCUACUGAAGAUGAUGGUGUGCCGCCUGCCACAUAACAUGUACGUCUUCCACUACUCCUUCCUGAAGAAGUGGGCCAACAGCCUGCCCGAAUCAACGUUACGAGGGCUCGCCGAUGAAGUGGACGAGCUACGUCGAGAGAUUUGUGAACUGCUGGGCGAGGACGGCGUGCUGCUGUACCCGACGGCCCCGCACCCGGCCAAUGUGCUGUUCGAGCAGUUCGUGCGCUUCCCCAACAACGCCUACCUGGCCAUCUUCAACACGCUGGGGCUGCCAGCCACGCACUGUCCGGCAGGCCUGGACCCCAGCUCCGGCAUGCCCCUCGGCCUGCAGGUGGUGGCGGCGCCGAACCAGGACCGUCUGUGCUUCGCGGUGGCUCGCGAGUUGGAGGCGGGGCUUGGGGGUUGGCAGCCGCCAGCGCCCCACACUGGCGCUGCCGCCGCCCCCAUCACUGCCACCGGCGACGCCGCCUCCGCAACCGCCCCUGCCGCCGCCACCGUCAUCCCAAUCGGCUCUUAGCGCCGCCGUCCGCCCUUGAACUGCCGAGACUGAACCACCAAGGAGCAACGCUGGCCAUCGCCACUCACCUCUGGCUGUGCUAACCUUCCAGCUGCCGCCGCGCCAUCACAAUGUGUCCAAAGAGUCGGUGCUAGCGUGUCUUCCUGUUCUUACAAGCAAUAGUUUGAAAAUUAUCAACGGUUUUCUCCGUUUUUUAUCGCGACUGAUUGGGUUUUCAAAGGACUGCAGACUUAAAAAGCUCUCUUUCAGAGAUUGCUUAGCGUAACGAAAUACCUACUCCGCAUCAAAUGCCAUGAAAUUUAGCGUUGCAUUCGGGUGGCUUAUUUGAUUGUGUGACUGGCAAUAAUCUCUUGUCAAGUUUCGAGAAACUACUUCUCAUGAAUUCACCACUAUCCUGUUGGGAGCAAUACGUGUGUUCUUUCUGCAUCCAUCGCUCUUCCGUCUUCUGUAUUGGCUGUAAAGAUACUAAUGUGUUAUUGAGGAAAAUAAUCUUACACGAUGACUUACGAUGCCCGCCCUUGCCUUCGAGGCCGCUAAAGCGUAGCACUGUGACUGCGCUCGACUUACAGACAGGCGGUUUGAAUUUUGAUUCAUCAGUAUGUGGCCAGGGGACGUGGUGGAGGAGUAGUUAUAAACAUCAGAUUUAAUAUCAAUGUCCUCAGUUCAAAUUCCACAUCUGCUUGGACUGCCACAUACGAGGGAUAAUAGUUUUUGAUGCUAAUUCGUCUGUCGAAUGGAAACUCAAGUCAGCAGUCCUCUGAAAUUUUUGGAAGUAAUAAUUACGCUCGUCAUCAACUACAAAAACUUGACUCGGCACCUUAUUUACACUACUCACGGCCACCUAUACGAAAUAGUUACGCAGUUCGCAAGGUUGAGAAAGUGAAUAAAGGAAACCUUUCAGGUUUAGGUGGCUGCGUUUCUUGGGUGCUCCACAUCCAACAAUUCUACACAUUUAGUUUUACCUUCUGACGAUUUUAAUUUAACAAAUUAUGACGAUGUGAAAAUGUGUUACGCUGAAAGAACUCAUACAUCGACAAACCUGUCUUAAAAAGGACAUAUGUAACUGAAACCUCUUUCAGAGGGCAGUUGCGUCUAUUACGGUGAUAAUAUUGUUUUUUUUACUGAUGUUAUUAUUACGUUACUGUGUAAUCUGCACUAUUCGAACGUACAUGUAACUCGUACGACAGUCUAUUCGCGAAACACGAAGGUCAACAAAGAGAGGGAGGGACAGAUGAACGAAGGAAGUAAUCACAAUGUCAAAAAGGUAAAGUCAUUUUUCUGCCUGCAAAUAACGGGUGACAAAAAUAUAACUGACCAGGAAUAUAUUUGAGUCUAAAACGAAAUAAUCUGGUCUAAUUAAUGAACAAGAUAACUGCACUUUACACACAAUUGUAAAUGUUCCGAUUGCAAAUGAUAUUCUUGCUGUAUAAAUGAAAUUGUCAAAGUUUCGAAAUCGCUUUUCGGGACAACUUUUACUUGGUCAAUCUGUACCACAACAUCCUUCAGAAAUUCAGAGAACAAGACCAACUAGACUCCUGAAACCUACGUGAGAAGCGGACAUAUUUUUUACAAUUUUAAAACUAAAUGAAAUAUUUACCAUGAAACGGAAUAAAGUUCAACUCCCAAGUAUUAAAGAUUACGCUCCAGUAUUUUAUGAUCGCAGCUACAGUUCUGAAACUAACAGAACGCCCAGGGGCUAGUGACGCCACGUUUCUUUUUUUUUUCGUGACUUCACUGGUGCAACAAAGUUUUUUGUCUUUACCAAAAGUUUCAUAGCGUCUAUCUGCUUCGUCAGAUGUAAAUCCUUUUAUUUUACUGUCGCUUCUGUGUUACUAACUGUAGAUACUGUUCUUUUGAAGAUACUUUACAUAUUACUGAACACUAUACUUUUCGUACAUUUUGUAUGCACUCUGUACUACAGCACAUGACUGAUUAAGAUAAAGAAACUGGUGACCAUCUAACAUAAAAGUCACUAAUUGGCCUUCCAGACCGAAGAUCUCUGACACGACGUGAAAACAGUAACAAACAGAGGAGUUGUGUGCUGCAUGGAAACGUUUGAGGUGCACUAGACAUUAAAAAGAUGCGUACUCUUAAAAUUGUGCACUCUCGAUUUUCACUACUGAUGCUGUAGUUGUGGUAAUAUUGUGAAUGAACAGAAAACUAGCGUAGAAUACUGAAGAGUAAAAUGUAAAUUGUAAACAAAUAAUGGGUCUAUGUGUAUCUGUAAUUAUGUACUAGAUUAUAGGAGCUUCAACGAUCCGUAAAAAUAACUGAUGUAAAUGUAAAAAUUAGUAAAUAUCGAGAUAUACUUUUA